AUGCGGAUGCGCUUUGGCGGACGCCCACGACGACGAUGUGAGCGCAUUGACACCGGCCAACUGGCGAAGCCAGCUGUUCUGAAUGCCUAUCAAAGUACGCUGUCAUGCGAGUUAGAUAAACGCUCACUGGAUGCAAUUGAAGGUCACUGGUCUCAUAUUCAACAGACCUUACUAGCAGCAGGAAAAUCCUCAUGUGGUAUGUCUAAUCGGCAACAUGGACAUUGGGUCUCUUCACAGUCUCUGGAACUUAUAGAUGCUCGCCUGCAUAUUCCGGCUGGAAGCGAACACAAUGAAACUCGCAAAGAGCUCCGGGCAAAACUCCGUGCUAGCCUGAAGAGAGACCGCGAAUCCUGGUGGUCUCAUCGUGCAUUUGAGAUGGAAAUGGCCGCUGCCCCUGGUAACCAUCGUAAGUUAUUCCGUCUGAUACGGGAAACGGGCAGCAGGAGACCUGGUGUUAGUGAAACCAUACGUGACGAGAGUGGACAGCCUAGCCACAACUUAUCAAAACGCUUACAGCGUUGGGCUGAGCAUUUUGAAAGGCAAUUUAAUCGGUCGGAAUUGUUAGAUUUCUCGCUGGCCACUGAUCGCCCCGCUCCGUGGGCUGUCCCUUUGGAUCCACCCUCUCGCUCAGAAGUCGAACGUGAGAUCGGACUGUUGAAGUUAAACAAAGCCGCGGAACCUGAUGACCUUCCUCCAGCCCUCUUCAAAUCCGGGGGACCUGCUCUUGUGGAUGAUUUACAUGAGUUACUAGUGAAACUGUGGGAGCAGGAAACUGUCCUAACCGAUUGGAGCCGCUCCGUCAUAGUCCCAAUUUUCAAAGAAGGCUCACGAUCGGAAUGCGGCAGCCAUAGAGGAAUCAGUCUGAUCUCUAUUGCCUCCAAAUUGCUUGCCUCUGUCAUCCUUCACAGACUGACUGGCACGCGUGAAAGCCAGAUUCGUGAAGAGCAAGCUGGAUUUCGUCGGGGUUGUGGCUGCAUUGACCACAUCUUCACCUUGCGUCACUUGUUGGAGCCCCGUCACACAUACUGGCGGCCCACUGUAGUCGUGUUCCUCGAUAUCAAAGGUGCAUUCGAUUCGGUGGAUAGACUUGCACUUUGGGACUGUCUACUCAGGAAACGUGUACUUGAGAAAUAUGUAAAUAUUAUCCGAGCAUUAUAUGCGCGUAGCUCGGGCAGAGUGAGGGCUUACGGUGAGUUGUCGUCGCCGUUUAAUAUCUCCAGCGGCGUGAGACAAGGAUGCCCGCUGUCACCUUUCCUCUUCAACUUCGCUUUUAACGAAGUCAUGGAAAUCGCGUUCACAGGACACGACUUAGAAGGUGUGGAUCUGCUCCCAGGAGAACGACUUCUUGACUUAGAGUAUGCUGAUGAUAUUGCCCUAAUCUGUGACAGCUCACAAAUGUGUCAAGCGGCUCUGGAUAGAUUAGCACUAGCUGUCUGUCACUUCGGGCUUUGCUUCGCACACUCGAAGUGCAAAGCGUUCCUCCAAGAUUGGUCUGGACCGCCCCUUACGCUGGCCCUUGGUGGGGAUCAGCUAGAAGUCGCUCAAAAAUUCAACUACCUGGGAAGUUGUAUCAGCGCCUGUGGGAUUGAAGAUGAGCUCACGAACCGUAUAGCAAAAGCUCGGGGCGCUUUUGCUAACCUUCGCCACUUAUGGCGCCGGCGCGACAUCACUCUCGCCCUGAAGGGUAGAGUGUACAAUGCAGCGGCUCCAAUGGCUCGGCCACGUGUUACGCAUGCUAGCCCACCGACUCCCGCGACGUGUGUUGUUUGCGCGCAGGGGGAGUGGAUGGAAGAAGAGGAGGGGUGGCCAAGCGAUGACUUGGUCCAGAGGAAUGAAGGCCCUCACUUCUGA